CUGGUGUAUAAUGACAGUCGACAAGAACUUAAUGAUACUACUAAUUUUAAUAUUAUGUUAAUAUUUGUCUUUCAGAAUUCAUUCAAUGCUUUGACCGUGUCAACAGAUGGUGGUAAUACACCGGAAAAGACACCACCCAAUAGUCCAAGAGCCUUGGUCGGAUCUCUAUCGAAAUAUUUCAUAAAUUCUUCUCCCAUCAAGGCAUUAAAGAAAACCGUGUUUUGCGUUAGUCCACGAGCUGUGAAAGAAGACAAACCCUUCUCUUUAAGAAAUCUCCCAAAACACAUUCUUCAAUGUGAUUUAGGAGUAGGUUUAAUAGAUGACGGUUUCAUCAACCAGUUCCGAUUAAAAAAUUUGGUCCCAACAUAUAGAGAAGAAGUUAUUGCGGCAAGAAACUUGAUGAAAGAAGGCAAUUUCGAAGAAGGACGAAAAGCAUUCAUUCAGGCAACAAAAACUAGAACUUAUGAUAAUAAAAAUGAGUAUACUCAAUUAGUGAUAGACCAAGCUUUUUUUGGAAACGCAGAAAAUAUUAUAGCGGCUAUAGAAAAACUCGCUGGAUUAUUUGAAAAAGAUGUAAAAGCGGAAAAUAAAUCUUAAAUUUAUUUUUAAAUAAAACAAAACUGUUUUAUUAAUAAACCAUAAUACACGUUUCAUUUGUUUGCAAUUCAAUUAUAUAAUAAAUGAUAUUCCGUUCCA